CGCAUCCUCAAACAAUGGCGCCUGACAAUGACAUAAGUCAAUCGUGUUGAUGUUGAUUUGUUGAUUAACAUGAAAUCUUAUUUGGUAUAUGCUUUGUGUUGUGAUAGAAGAUAGAAAUUAAUCGGAGAUAAAAAUUAAUUAACCAUGGCGUCGGGGCUGGAUAGCUUCGUAAACCAUACAGUGUCAAUCAUAACAUCUGACGGGAGGAACUUUAUAGGAACUUUGAAGGGCUUCGACCAAACCAUAAACAUAAUUUUGGAUGAAUCUCAUGAAAGAGUAUACUCGACAGCUUCAGGGGUCGAACAAGUAAUGCUUGGACUACACAUUAUCAGGGGAGACAACGUAGCACUCAUAGGACUGAUAGAUGAAGAAUUAGACAACAGGUUAAACUUGGCAAAUAUGAAAGCAGAACCAUUGAAUCCUGUUGUACAUUAACGAAUAAAUCUAAUUUUUAAGA